UUCUUGCGGUAAAACGACUACUGGAGCGCAAAAGUUGCCUCUUCGUUGGAAACACAACAUUCACGACAUUCUUGGUGCGUCCGGGCCGCACAUGUACGUCUUUUUCGAAAAUCGACUAGGCUGAAAAUUGAGGUUAUGUUUACUUUUCGACGAGAAUGUUGACUGCACUUUUGUACGAGUUUUAAGCGAAUAUUUACAAUUUUCAGAUUGUACACGUGUGGGUAUGAUCGAUGAGGAGAAAGCCGGUCCAGUGAGACUUUUGGGGGUUGCUGGAUAUCAAGACAGGUCGAACGAUGUGGUCUACUGCGGACCGAGACUCCAGAAUGAGGGACAGGAUACGGUGGUGUACUUCGGUGGAGACAUCCAGGAUUUCAAAGAAAGCAUGGAAUCGCACCGCGACAACAAAAACUACGUAACCUGGAGCCUGGACAACACGGCUUUAAUCCUUCAGGCGACUUUCCCCAAUUCUCACAUUAUUGUAGUUCGACCAUCAAAAAUGGAAUACAAAACAUUCAGUUGUUUCCAAAAUUUCGUACCGAGUGGCAACUGUGGGGUACCUCACCACAUCCAGAUGCACCACUGCCUACAACACCUCGACACGUUAAUCGCUAACAUUGGAAACCAAGUCAACAAACCGCUAAACCACGAUUUAACCAUAAUCGGGUUCAGUAAAGGGUGUGUGGUUCUAAAUCAGUGUUUGUACGAGUUUAGUACCAUGAAAGAAAAAGACGAGUUUGUGUCAAGGAUAAAGAAUAUGUUUUGGUUAGAUGGUGGUCACAGUGGCGGGAAAAACACGUGGGUGACGUCGAAGCCAUUGCUGCAAACUUUAGCUAAUUUUGGUAUUAAUGUACAUAUACAUGUUUCUCCAUAUCAAGUGCAGGACGAUCGACGACCUUGGAUAAAAAAGGAGGAGAAGAUAUUUUAUACGACGUUGCGCAAUUUUAACGCUUGUGUACAACGUCGGGUGCAUUUUGGGGAUUUGCCGCCUAGUAUUGUUCAGCAUUUUAGUAUUUUGAAUGAGUUUUACGAGGGACAUUCCACGGAGGACGGAACGUAAUUGUAACUAGUGUAUUAAUGUAUUUAUUUAUUAAUUAUAAGAAAUAAAUGAUAAAAUCAGAGAACAUAGAGAA